CUUUUCUCCAAGAUUGCCAAUCCGUACCUGCAUUAGCUCCCGUUGCCAGUCGUCCCCUUUUCGACACGUGACAGGAAGUCGGCAACGUCCGCGCUCCGCGACCCAAAUUCACGGUGCGCCCGCCCAGCACAAACAACACCCCGCUUCCACCUAGGCCCGCAACAACCACAGCGCAUGCGUCGCUCGGCGGCCCACGACGCCGGGGACCAUGUCUCCACGGUGCGCCACUACGCCGCGCUGGUGUGCCUCGUAUGGUUCGCCAUAGUAUGGAUGGUAUGCGCCAUCGGCGUCACCCAGCUGUUCCGCUACUACUCGAGACGCCCGCGCCCAGCGACGUGCCUGGCUGCCGCGAACGAACCGGAUGUGCCGCACGUCACCAUCAUCCGCCCCGUCAAGGGCCUCGAGCCCCGCCUCUACGAGUGCCUCGCGGCGACCUUCCGCCAGACGUACCCCGCGACCAAAAUCCACAAUGUGCUCUGCGUGUCGGAGCGGUCGGACCCCGCCAUGCCCAUACUCGAGAGACUUCUGCAAGACUUUCCAAACGUGGAUGCGAGGAUCACCGUCGAAGACGAGGACCCCGUGCUGAAGGAGAACAAGCAUGCGCUGGGUCCGAACCCCAAGAUCCGGAACAUGAGCCGCGCGUAUCGGGAGGCCAGGGAGGACAGCAUCGUGUGGAUACUCGACUGCAACGUCUGGGUCGGCAAGGGCGUGUGCGGGCGCAUGGUCGACCUUCUGUGUGGCUACGGCGGCACCAUCAAGAACAAGUUCGUGCACCAGACGCCGCUGACCGUGGACCUGGACUCGCAUUCGCUCUCCACCGAGGAACGAGAGCUGCUUCUCGGCGGCGGCGAGCAUGCCAUCGACGCUGUGGACAUCGCCGCCAGUACGAGCUCCGACCCGCGCAACUACUCCCGCAGCCGCUUCAGGAGACUUCUGCAGCGCGGAGGAGGCCGCCUGGACGAAGCCUUCCUCUCCAGCGCCCACGCAAAGUUCUACAAUGCCAUCAACACCGUUCUGGUCGCGCCAUGCGUCAUGGGCAAGAGCACCAUGUUCCGCCGAGCCCAGCUCAACUACGUCACGUCCACCCCGCCGGCGGCCUCGAUCCGCCGCGACCCCGGCAUCGACUUCUUCUCCGACAACAUCUGCGAAGACCACCUCAUCGGCGACGCCCUCUGGCGCAAGCCGCAGGCCUUCGAGGAGCGCGGCUACAAGCCCGCCCCCGGCGAGCCAGUCGAGAAAUGGGGCAAGCACGCCAUGCUCUUCGGUGACUUCUGCUUCCAACCCAUCUCGCACACUUCCGUUGCCGCGUGCAUCGACCGGCGACUGCGCUGGCUGCGCGUGCGCAAGUUUACCGUCACCGCGGCCACCUUUGUCGAGCCUGGCACCGAGUCCAUCCUCUGCUCCGUCUACGGCGCCUAUGCACUGACCACGCUCCCCUUCUUCGCCGCGCUUAUCCCACCGACCUGGGCGUCCUUUGCCCUGGUGUGGCUCGCGUCAAUGUCCCUGUGGUGUCUGGUCGAUUACGUACAAUACCUUCUCCUCCACUCCGCCAAGACCGUGGAGCUGGACGAGCAUACGCCGGACUUCAUCCUCCCCCAGCGCUCGACGAGGGCAUACCACAACGCGCCGUCUCUCGAGCCGCUGCUCGGCGCGAAGACGCCCCGGACGCCCAGUCUCCUCGACGGCGCAAGACGCACCUUCAGAGAGUGGUUUGCGGCCUGGCUGGGGCGCGAGGUGUCGGCGCUGCCCAUCUGGAUCGUCGCCUUCUACGGCGGGGUGACGGUCGAGUGGCGGGGCAGGAAGUUCUGGGUGGGCUUGGACAUGCGGGUGCACGAGAUUGUGGAGGACAAAAAGGCCUAGGAUCGUGUACGAGGACGGGAACGAGACAUGUACAUAUGGUACACGCGAUGGUGCGAUUACCGAGUCACGAUUUGGGCUUCGAGCCGACAUUUGCAGGCGUUUGGUAGACUUUGUCUUUUGUCUGCUCUUGCACAUGGAUAGACAGCAUGAAUGCAUCUUUGCGCGUUGACAAGUUUGUGUUCCGGGGCAACUUUGUUGCACUAACAACUGAAAUGAGAGUGGGAUU